AUGAUUGACUGCAGUUCUGCCGAGAUUAGAGCAAUUGGCAAGGUUUUUAGAAAUGAAGUUGAUCUUAUAUUACGUCAUUGGCAUAUUAAAAGAGCAUGGGAAGUAAACAUUAAAGUAGUUAACUCUACUCAAGAUUCUAAUAUUGCAUGUAAUAUUAUUCAAGCUGCUUUAAACAACAUGAUGUAUGCUUCUACCUCUGUUGCUUUCAAUAAUUUGUAUAAUUCAUUUCUUGAGAAAUGCAAAGAUUAUGAAACGUUUAUUGCUUAUUUUGAAAAAAUGGGGAUCCCAAAAAAACAGCUUUGGAGUAAAGCAUGGAGACAACUGGUCACGUUUCACAUGAACAACUUCAUAGAAUCAUAUCACAACCAGUUAAAGACAUUUUAUUUUUGA